AUGCCAAUUCACGGGGAAAUUGCUUUCAUUGUGAUACUUUUUUGUGAACUUUUGGGAAGCUCCAGUGGCUUCAAGAGGGAAGUGAAGAGUGGUUUUGUGACAAAAAUCCCGCGACAGGAUGUUGGGAAUAGCUCAGGGGAGUAUUUAUUGGAUUACAAGACUCGCUAUGGAUUACGGUAUGAGCCUGUGCGUCGUCGAGUGGACGUCUUUGAGGAUGUUGAAGAGUUUGAGGAGAGUAAUGAAGUGAAUCCGGAGGGAAGAGCUUCAUCGCGGUUAACACAGAUUUUCAAGUACAUCCUGGCCCGGCUUGGAAGCCUCUUUCGCACGUAUAGAGCCAGUGAGGCUAAGGGAGCUGGUCAGCAGGGGCUAAUCAGCAAGCCAGGGACACGAUUUCUCAAUCUCUUCAACAUUGUCCGCUUCCCCAAUGAACCCUGCUCAACGUCAAACCCCAAAAAGUUCCUGAAAACACUCAAUGGAACAUGCUACCAUGAAGUGGAAUGCGAACAAUUGGGCGGAGUGCCUAUUGACAACUGUGCCAGUGGAUUUGGGGUGUGCUGUGUCUUUCAACUGAGCUGUGGCGGGAAAACAGAACGGGAAAUUAGCUACUUUGAAAAUCCAGGCUUUCCCAAGCCCAUCAAUGACAGAAUAGCAUGCACGAUGUCUGUGAAACUCCUUCCGGGAGUUCAGCAAGUCUUGCUGGAGUUUGUCUUCUUCGAACUUCGUCCACCUGUCGAUGGUUCCUGCACAGAUGAUCAAUUUAUCGUCUCUGGGAAUAAUCUCAACAGCUUCAUCCCAAUUAUUUGUGGUAUAAACACAGGGCAACACAUGUACGUCGAUGUUUCGGAUUCAGCCAGCAGAAUGAUGUUCCUCUCCAUGCUAUCGGCUGUAUCUGAUGCCAGGGCAUUCAGUGUACGUAUUACCCAACUGAAGAACAACCUAGCACCCCAGAAUUGCCUGCAGUACUUCACAGAAUCCUCCGGAAUCAUCCAGAGCUUCAACUACGAGGACAACUCCACAAUUGUUACCCAUCGAAAUCCCAGCUAUUUUAAUAACUUGAAUUACGUGAUCUGCAUCCGCCGGAAUCCAGGAUUCUGCACAAUUUCCUACUCAAAUAACGUCAAUAAUACAGAGGAGGAAUUUCAGUUGACGAACACCGAUGAAAAUGGUGAGAGUAUCAUUCCUCCGAAGCAAGCUGGUGCAGAGAUCUUUAAUUGUGCUGAUGACUAUAUUGCCGUGAAUGGGAUCAGAUUGUGCGGUGAGAAGCUGAAUGAUGGGAGUCGCAGUGAGGACUUCACAAAGAGUUUCCCAGUUACGGAUUUCUCAGCAGGACCCAUGAUCCUGCCCGUCAGGACGAAUGAUCACACCGUCGGGAGGGGUUUCAAGCUCUUCUACAGCCAGCAUAUUUGUGAAAUUCUCUGA